CAUCAUGGGUCGUUUACUAUACGGUCUAGGUUUAAGAAUCAUGAAUUUCAUGGUUGUUUUCUUAAUUGUUAUUCUUUUGCCCGGCUUGCCGCCACGUACCACAUUUCCAUUCAAAGAAUUUUCAGUGGCACCGCCUAGACCUUUGACCGGUGCCCUAGAGCCCAACUAUCAUUUGGAGGGAGCCGAGCGCCUACUGGAAGGACGUGUCUAUGGCCCUGAAUGUUUGAUUGCCAAGAAUCGUGAUAUUUAUAUGGGCAUACAUGGCGGUGAGGUGAUCAAAAUAAAUGCCGGUCAUGUUACACAUGUAACUAAAUUGGGACAACCUUGCGAAGAUAUUACCGAGGAAUCACGUUGUGGCCGUCCCCUGGGUUUGGCCUUUGAUACCCAAGGCAAUAAUUUGUUGGUGGCCGAUGCCUACUAUGGCAUUUGGCAAGUCGAUCUGGAUUCGCACAAAAAGAAACUCUUGGUUUCACCACAACAAGUUUUGCCCGGCAAAGGUGUUGAUCGUCCAGCCAAGCUGUUCAAUGAUGUCGCUGUCGACAAGCAGGGAAACAUUUAUUGGUCAGAUUCUUCAUCGGAUUAUCUGUUGCAAGAUUUGGUUUACACCUCUUUGGUUAAUCCCUCUGGACGUAUCUUCAAAUAUGAUCGCGUUAAGAACGAAAGCACUGUCUUAGCCGAUGAACUCUUCUUUGCCAAUGGUGUUGCUUUGAGUCCCCAGGAAGACUUUUUGGUUGUUGCCGAAACGGGUGGUAUGCGUUUGAUGAAACACUACUUAAAGGGUAGCAAGGCUGGACAAACUGAAGUGUUCGUUGAAGGUUUACCCGGUAUGCCUGAUAAUUUGACACCCGACGCCGAAGGCUUGUGGGUACCAUUGGUUAUGGCUAGCGACAGCGAACAUCCCUCAGGCUUCAAUAUUUUCUGUAAUUUCCCCAGUAUUCGUUUGUUCUUGGCACGUAUGUUGACACUGUUUGAAUUGCCCUUCAAACUAAUCAACAAUGCCUACCCGAAUAAGAUUGCUCAACGCUUCAUCCAUUUCAUUGGUCAUGGUGAGAGUAUAUUGUUGUUGGCACCCAAACGUGCCACCAUUGUACGUGUUGAUUGGAAUGGUCAUAUUGUUGGUUCAUUGCAUGGUUUCGAUAAGAGUGUGGGUUCUAUUUCUCAUGUCUUGGAAUUUGAUGAUCAUUUGUUGUUGGGAUCGCCAUUCAAUCGUUUCUUGGGACGUGUUGCAAAUCCUAAGCCAGCAAGGAAGGAACCUAAUGUAAAGAUUAAUAAUGUGCGUUAUGAAGGUGUGGGUAUUGAACCGGCUGUGAAGCCACCUAAAAAGGAGACUACCACCACCACAGCUAAGCCAAAGGUGAAGGCCACAACUACCACCACUACUACAACUACACCAAAGCCUACUACUACAACUACCACGACCACAACUCCUAAGCCCACAACUACUACUACAACCCCUAAGCCAACAACAACAACUACCACACCCAAACCUACCACAACAACAACAACUCCCAAGCCAGUAACAACAACUCCUAAACCCACAACAACUACUCCCAAACCAACCACAACAACCACUACCACCACUCCAAAACCUACAACUACCACAACUCCCAAACCUGCAACAACUACAACACCAAAGCCUAGCACCACCACAGCUAAGCCCACAGCCAGUACCACCCGGGUACCUCCCAAACAACCAGCUCCCGUUGAAGAAAACAUUCCUCUCGAUACACCCGCCCCCAAACCCGAGAAAUUGAAAGUGAUCAACAAACAGGGUGAACAUGUUGAACUUUAA